UAGUAGACUUUCUUGUUAACGCUUACUAAUCUGCGACAAUGAAUGAGUAAUCCUCAUGAAGAUGCAAUCGUCCCAAGCCGACUUGGUCAACGUGUUGCGACCGCGAGGACAUUUGAUGUGUCAUUUUCUCUACAACGCUGUGGAUACAUGAGAAUCAGUACUAACACGAAAGAGAGGAUAUUUAAUUAUGGCUUCCACAGAAGUUUCAGGGACGGGUUCGAUCGCGUCACUGCAAGAUGUGUCGCCAAGCUCGCGGAGCACAGCGGAGCGCGCCUCCCACGUUGCCCCCGAGGAGGAGCAGCCAGCGACGACUGAUGGAGAGAUCUGGUCGUGGUAUGUCUACGACAUCGGGACCUCGGUUUACGGAGCUCCCGCAAUGGCCAUGCUUAAUGCACUGCUGACCGUUCGAUUAACCACGUGGCACGCCUGCGAACGGUUGAGCGAGGAAACGCCUCAUUAUUGCGAUAAAGACGGCCAGCCCGUGUCGGGUAAGGCAGGAGUGGACAAGGACGACGUGGAAUUGCAGACAGACCUACUGAAUCUAACGCCCGCGAGCGUCACAUUCUUGUCGAUCGGUGUAGGUGUCAUGUGUCAGGCGGUGGCCUACAUCAGCUUCUCGUCAUACGCUGAUUUCGGGCAAAAUCGGCAUCGACUGCUCUUUCGCAGUUGUGUCGUGGGAGUGCUUUUUGCGUUUCUUUUUCUGCUCUGCUUCGAUUCGUCAACCUGGUGGCUGGCAAGCGCACUGAUGAUUCUCACAGGAGUUUUUCAUGGACUCUCCAUCGUCUUCUACAACGCCUACUUGCCUCUGAUGGUUCGCAACCAUCCCGAGUACACGGCUAUCCAGAAGCAGCAGGAACAGACACCGACUAACAUCAAAAACGAGGACAUCGACAUAAUAAACUGCAAGGGUGAACAAGAUGAAAAUCCAAAUUCGACAUCAGGACCACAACCUGCUGCAAUUGCCGAGGCAUCACUUGCUACAACGACAAGUCCGGAUGAUAGUGCAGAUCCGCUGACGUUGAGAGAGCAGUCGAUAAGCAAUCACUUUUCCACGAUGGGUUUCUACUAUGGCUAUUUGGUAUCCGCUCUUGCCUGUGUCGUGGUCAGCGUAGUGCUUCUUUUCACAGCACCGAAAAAGGAUAGCAGUCGGGACCACUACGCAGACAAGACUUCGGCCGUUAUUUUAGG